AUGUCUACCGAUAAAUUACGGGUUCCAGGAACCAGCCCUAGUCACACGCGGGCGUCGCUGACUUCGGGCUACUAUAAUAAUCGCUUGAGUCGAACCAAUACUACCGAAACUGGCCCGGCGGCUUCCAUUAACGAAAGUGUUCGAACCAUGGAUAAAUUACCAACCGCCAAGCCCGCCAUCACCCAAAUGGAUAAGUUAUGGACUCAAAUCGAUGUAUUAGACGACGUCAAUCGAAUGAGUGAAGAAGUACGAGUGAAAGGAUCCUUUUUCAACGAAUCUUUUGAAGCAAAAUUGAUUGAAUUAAAACAACUGCAAUCCAACCUCUUACAAGUAAUGUCAAGACAACACAUCAAUGAAGGCGAAUCUCAACAGGAUGCCACCAGAGAAUCUUCUGAACACCUAGCCAAAGUCCAGGAAGAAGAACCAGCGAACGACACAACCAAACAUGAAAAAUUAAACCAAUUUUUCAAUAAAAUUAGUAACGAAAAUGAUAAUCAUAUGUUAUAUCGUAAAACCAACUUUGAUGAAAUGAAUGACUACGUGGAAAAUAUCAGAAUUAACCUCCAGAAAGUGGGGGAUUCAAUGAAAAACUUCGACGAAACAACAAAAGACCUCUGGUAA